AUCGAGUUUGUUGUGAAUGGUUGUGAAAAAAUCAAACUGUCACAAUUUUUCCGAUGAAUGGGUGGUCUCAAUCGUAAUCUAGUUCUUGCAAUCGUCGCUGCAGCAGUGGGCUCUGGGUUCCAGCAUGGGUACCACACCGGAGUGAUCAACGUCCCCCAAGCUAUUUUGAAAGAAUGGAUAGAGUCGGUAUGGGGUGACCGACUGGGUUCUGUAUCUGAGUCAAAAAUCAACGUGCUGUGGGGUGUUAUGACGUCCAUUAUGAACGUGGGGGGCACCAUCGGAGGGGUUUUGAGUGGACUGGUAUCGACUAAAUUCGGCCCCAAAUCCGCGUUGCUCUACAACAACGUUCUGGUUUUUAUAGCGUCAGUCUUGAUGGGUUUUGCAAAACUGGCAAACUUGUACGAGAUGAUGAUAUUGGGGAGGUUGAUCAUCGGGGUAAAUUGUGGUUUCAAUGCCGGUCUAUGUCCCAUGUACCUCACAGAGAUUUCGCCCGUGGAUCUUCGAGGAGCCCUUGGGAGUGUUUAUCAAUUACUUAUUGUAAUUUCCAUUCUUAUUUCCCAAAUUGUGGGACUUGAAAUGAUGCUAGGAAACAAACAUUGGGACAUCCUUUUCUUGCUUCCCAUUGCUUUCGGGAUUUUCCAGGUCAUUACACUCUUCUUUUGCACCGAGUCUCCCAAAUAUUUGUUGAGUGUUAAACAGAACAAUGAGCGAGCGGAAAACUCGUUGAAAUUUCUCCGAAAAUCGGAGGAUGUCAAUGAAGAGUUUUCCCAACUCAAGCACGAAGACGAGGCGAAUAAAGCCAUGCCAAAAGUAACCCUCAAACAAAUGUUCCGAGAGAGGUCCUUGAGAAUUCCUUUGAUGAUCGCUAUGCUCGUUAUGGUAGCUCAACAAUUCAGUGGAAUCAACGCUGUUAUUUUCUACUCAACUGAAACCUUCAUAAGUGGCGGUUUGUCCGAACAAAACGCCCAGUAUGCCACAAUCGGAAUUGGUUUAGUCAAUCUUAUCAUGACUGUGAUUUCCAUGAUGUUGGUCGAUAUCGCUGGAAGGAAGACUCUUCUCUUGGUCGGCUUUGGAGGAAUGGCAAUUGACACUCUUUUGCUAUCAAUGGCUUUGCAUUUCUCGAAAUCACAUCCUGCGAUUCCAUGGGUGUGUAUCGUUUUGAUUGGUAUUUAUAUCAUACUUUUUGCUGCGGGUGCUGGUUCUAUACCAUGGUUUCUGGUCACGGAAAUUUUCAAUCAAGAGGCGAGACCUACAGCUGUUUCCCUCGCAGUUCCAACUAAUUGGAUUGCCAACUUUAUUGUCACUUUAACGUUUCCUUCGAUCGCGGGAGCUAUUGGACCGUACGUGUUUUUGAUUUUUGUCGUCUUGAAUGUUAUAUUUUUCAUUUUCAUCCUCAAAAUGGUGCCAGAAACCAAGAACAAGACGGUGGAAGAAAUUGUGAGUCAAUGGAAAGACUAAAAAAUGUAGUUUUCAAAAUAAACAUCAUAAAAAUU